GAGGGGGGGGCUUGUGAGGGAAGGGGGAGUCGCGGCUGUGUGGCCCACCCAAGAUGGCGGCGCGGCUCCUGACCUUCGUCCACCUGUGCUGUUUCCUGUGGGCCUCGUUCUCACUCUCUCAGAACGUGGGCAUGCCCCACUCCCUCCGUAGGGAGAGCGAGAACACCUACGGCGGCCGCUGGAAAUACCUGACCUUCAUCAACCAGAUUCUGCAAACUCUUUUGUUUGGAAUAUGUGUCAUAAUUGACUUUGCUCAUAUGUUCAUCCCUGCCACAAAGAAGAGUGUGUCAUCCAGAUUGUUGCCUCCAAGAGACUUCAUCUUCUCAGUGCUAGUAUUCCCUGUUGGCUUAUUUGUAGCUGUUACUUUUUGGACCCUUUAUGCAUAUGACAGAGAAUUGGUAUACCCUAAAGAACUGGAUGAGAUUAAUCCACCUUGGCUUAAUCAUACCAUGCAUACCACUAUACUGCCACUACUUCUUAUUGAGCUGAUUACAUGUCCACAUAAAUAUCUUUCUAAAUUGAAGGGAAUGAUAGGACUUAGCAUCUUUGGUACUUCAUACCUCACAUGGGUACUAUGGGUAAAUUAUGCAUCAGGAAUUUGGGCAUACCCAAUUUUAGAAGUACUAGGUGUACCUGGAAAGGCGGUACUUUUUACCAUUUCCUACCUUGUAAUGAUAGGAUUCUACUUACUUGGAGAGCAUCUAACAAAGUUAUUAUGGGGUGACUUUCGAAAAUAUAAGAAGUAAGCAUAGAGAGGAAGCUGAAAAUAGGUCACAAAAAGUGCGAGUUCAUUUAUGAACAUAUUGCAUUUUUAAAUCGAGAUGCCAACUUGCACUGUUUUGAAAUAUACUCAGUCAUCUCUCAAAUAUAUUGUUCAAAGCAAUAAAAAUAUUUCUAUACUGAUA